AUGGUGAAAGCAGCUGCAAUCAGAAUGAUGGAGAGGAACUGGAAGGAGUUGAAAAGUUUUUCUCUCUGGAAAGCUAUGCUGGCCGAAAUGGUGGGCACAAGUUUGCUGGUGCUGUUUGGAUGUGGAACGUGCAUUGGACAUGACUGGCAAUCCAGAGAUCCAACUAUUGUUCAAAUCUCCUUGACCUUUGGUCUAACCGUGGCCACAAUCGUACACUGUAUGGAACACAUCAGCGGAGGUCACAUCAAUCCAGCUGUCACGUGCGCCAUGUUUAUCACCAGGAGAGUGACUAUCGUUAGAGCCGUCUUGUACAUCGCUGCUCAGCUGACUGGCUCCAUAUACGGAGCAGCAAUUCUGAAGGGCAUCACGCCGGUCGUCUACGAGGGAGACCUCGGACAGACCAGUGUGGAUGAAACUUUGAGGGCCUGUCCAGAUGGGUUGACUGUUGAGGCUUCGAUUACAUUCAUUCUUGUGCUCACUAUUUUCGCUUCGUGCGAAACAAACAAGAACGAUCGCAACGGUUCAGCUGCGUUUAGCAUCGGGUUCGCUGUCGCCUUCUGCCACAUGUUCGCCAUCAAGUACACAGGCUCCUCGAUGAACCCUGCCAGGUCCUUCGGCCCUGCUGUCAUCGGUGGCAACUGGAACGAUCAUUAUGUCUUCUGGGUUGGACCGGUACUUGGGGCGGUUAUCGCCGGUCUAUCGUACGAUUUCAUAUUCGCCAGGAACGCCGGCGUCGAAAAAUUCAUACAUUUCUUCACCGAGGAGGACUACAAUGGCGACAGCAAGUGGUCCGUAAACAGUAGCAGCAGCAGAAACAACAACAACAACAACCACAAUACCAGCAACAACAACAGCACCAGCAACAACAACAGCAUCAAAAAAGUUGAUGGUGAAGACGUCAUUGAAGAUGAAUGUAUCACGGAUUUGCGCAGCACUCCGAAAAUCGGCAUGGAUCAUGGAGUUACAAGGGACAGGAACGUGGCGGGGAUCCAGACCAACUUCCCUUACGUCAUUCAACAACAUAGCCAACCACGUAACGGCAAAAAUAAUUUUUAUUACAGUUUUCCCCGUUGCAAUAACAACAACUACACAAGCAACAUCCAUCAACACAACGACGACUAUUUACACGACAAUAACAAUCAACAACUUCACAAUCGUUAUCAUUUUCAAGGAAUGUGA